UUAUUAAGGAGGCAGGUGUAAUUGCAGCCUCCUAAAUUCACCUAAUCUGAUCUUUAACUCACUUUCACUUUCACUUCCAGUGAGUUUCUUAAGCGAUAUUUUUUUUAUUUCCUUGUACCUUCCCCCCCCUGGCCCUUUUUACUAACAUUUUAUUUUCUAAGGGGAUAACAUCCCGAUAUCUCCAUCACAAUGAUCUCUCAGGGAUCAACCAUAACAACCACAACAGAAGUAACGGUCAAGCGAAAGCGAGUCUAUCGCAAAACGAAGUGUCGCAAAAUCUUGUCGCCACAAAUUGGAUCACUUUAUGAUAUUCUCCAUGACUACGCCUCUACCGCGCUCUAUGUUCCGCCGUUGAGCUGGACUGAAUUACACACAAAGGUGUUAGGUUGUCGCUUUGUGCAACAAGCUCCUCAGACUACGCCGACACCCUCGCGCCCGUCAUCUCCAUCUUCGUUAUGGCACUCUCAGCCUUCCAAGGUACCACAAACUGUGGUGAAUAUCAGUCGCGCUCUUGACGUCAUUAUGCAAGAUAACGUCUCUAACAUAGAGCAAAAUGAUGCAAUGAAGAACGUCUUAGAAGGCCUAUUCCCGUCUCAAUUAUCUCCAACUAAUCUAUCAAGACUUACACUUCGAUGCGGUAAAGAUCGAUAUAUUAGUGCGGUUAGGUGCCAGGCCUUAUACAAGGACCCGGUUGGUUUGCGCUCAUUUGAGUCGGCUACUACCUGCUCGUCCGAUCUUUUGACGGUAGCCAAGGAGAAGGACACUAAGGCUUCCUGCGAUACACCAUUAUUGGCCUACCUGGAUCGUGACUUUCUGAAUCGUAUUAGAAGAAACUGUUACCGAAUACCUCCUGGUCCUGGUGGAUUAUUCAAUGGUCCUAUACACCGUUUGCAAGCCAUCCGAUCAGGAAAGUUGGUACCGAAGAAUCUAGAUGAGGACCAUUACAUCCUCGCUACCAUGCUAGCAAUGGCUCAGCAGCAUGUGUAUGGAAAUGUCUUUACGGGAGAGGAUUUUACGCCGAAGGAUGUUCAAGUUCGCGUCCUGGCGGUUUCAAAAGAGGAUUCUUCUUUUGUCGUCUAUUCGAGCGUAAUACCCACAUCAUUCCUAGCCAUGUUCCACGAGCCCGGCAAAUCGCCGAAGGGAGAUACGAAAAUCGCAAUCAACUAUCGGCAUGUUCCUGUCUGGCCCGUUUUGGGCCUCAAGGAACGUCUGGGGCAGGCCCUAGGCAAGGAUCUUAUCGGCGAGUUCGAUAUAGAUCGCAUAGAAACCUUUAAGAAUGAGCUAGUACCCGAUUUUGAAGGACUUAACAGCGACAACUUUGAAGAAGACGAAGAAGAAGAAGAAUUUGAAAGCAUGCUUGAGAUUCUCGACAAGGAAGACAGAUCAAUGUCUAAUACUUCCCAACUAUCACUGCCACCCAAGCGUAAAAGGGGUAUCUUCUCCGAGGUUUUUAACGGAAGCUUCUCCGAGGAUCACGAAUCUUCUGGUUACCCAAGUGAGUUACUAGCGAAGCGCAGGCGUUUAGAGGAAGGUAGGGUUGGCGUCGUCCGAUGAUUCAAUAUCGACCCGGAUUUUCUAACUGAGAUCGUGGGGAUAUACGAAUGGGUUACUAAGAUAUGGAUAGGAAUGAAAAAUGGGUCAGCGAUGAUACCACAACCAGGGACAUCAUGGA